UCAUGGGACCGUCCCCGCUUCUGUAUCGGGAGGCGCCGCUGAGCUGAGAGCGGUCAGAAUAAAGCGGAGUGCGGAAUUAAAGGGGAAACGGAGUGUGAAUAAAAGCGUCCGUCUUCUGUAAAAAUGACCUGCCGUUGCGUCUUGUUCCAGUGUCAGAACUUAAGUUAAGUGACUCGCGCGGACGAGUUGAGUGAGUUGCUCGGCACGCGCACAAUGAUGAAACCUUCGCCAUUUCAAAGAUUCUCGUCAGCUUUUUUAUGAUCUCCUGUGCACGAAGGAACACAUGAUUCUUGAGUUCCAUUACUAACUGCGCUGGGUGUCAAAACCAAAAGAGUUUUAACUUUUCCCAGUCCCGCUUUAAAUACGUAAACUGAGUUAAUUUUUUUUCCUACAAAGUGAACCCAUACAAUCAAGACAGUUACGUCAAGCUGUAUUAACAGUGAUAAUUAAAAUGCACUCAGCAGAGAGAUUUACAAUUACACAGCAUAAAUGUGUAGUUCUCAUUGUUUUAUACAUCAUGUAAUUUAUAUUUAAUAAGUGAAAGCGUCAGUUGUCUGUUAGAUAAAUCAUGUAUUCCAAAUCAAUGUGUAUGCACACGAAGUUUUAAGCACCACUUAGUGUUUCAUUUAAGCUGAGUGACCCACAAGGCUAAGAUACUAGACAAGCCCACUGCACUUUCAAAAUUAAGGGAAAGAAUACCUGUCUGUAUUUUUCCACUUUUGAGGAUCAAAGAUGAGAGGCUGCAAAAUCCACUUCUUUUACCUUGUAUUCAGGUGUCAGACACUUUUCCUACAUGCAAUACAUAAGUGUACAAAAACCCUUUCAACAACAGACCAAGAUGUUUUACUGAGAUAUGAAUUGGUCAAGCAACUCCUCCAAGGUGGUUUAAAGUGGUCUUACGUUCUUCUACUUAUUUUAAGCGACUUGACUUAGUUGCCCACCUUACUGUAGGUGUGGCUGAACGUACUGUGUUAAUACUUAAAUGAACCUUUGUCUUCUCCGCAGACGACAGGCGUUGACGUGAGGUGCUGUCAGCAGCUAUGUCUGUCCGGGAGUCGUUCAACCCCGAGAGCCACGAACUGGACAAGACUUUCCGACUGACGCGGUUCACAGAGCUCAAAGGCACGGGCUGCAAGGUUCCUCAGGAUGUCCUGCAGAAACUGCUGGAGUCGCUGCAGGACAAUCACUUCCAGGAGGAUGAACAGUUCCUGGGGGCGGUUAUGCCCAGGCUAGGUGUUGGGAUGGACACGUGCGUCAUUCCACUGAGACACGGUGGCCUUUCACUCGUUCAGACAACAGAUUACAUUUAUCCAAUUGUCGACGACCCAUAUAUGAUGGGUCGUAUUGCAUGUGCCAAUGUGCUAAGUGACCUUUACGCUAUGGGGGUGACGGAGUGCGACAACAUGUUGAUGCUACUGGGGAUCAGUAAUAAAUUGUCAGAAAAGGAGAGGGACAAAGUGAUGCCUUUGAUAAUUCAAGGAUUCAGGGACGCUUCAGAGGAGGCCGGCACAUCGGUGACAGGGGGACAGACUGUGGUAAACCCCUGGAUUGUGCUGGGGGGUGUGGCCACAACUGUGUGCCAACCUAAUGAGUUCAUCAUGCCAGACAACGCUGUACCAGGAGACGUACUGGUGUUGACGAAGCCUCUUGGCACACAAGUAGCUGUUGCCGUUCAUCAGUGGUUGGAUAUUCCAGAAAAAUGGAACAAAAUAAAGCUGGUGGUAACACAGGAGGAUGUGGAGCUGGCAUAUCAGGAGGCCAUGAUGAACAUGGCCAGACUGAACAGAACAGCGGCUGGACUGAUGCACACCUUCAACGCCCACGCAGCCACCGACAUCACUGGCUUCGGUAUCCUCGGCCACGCUCAGAACUUGGCUCGGCAACAGAGGAGCGAGGUGUCUUUCGUCAUUCACAACCUGCCCGUUCUAGCCAAGAUGGCAGCCGUCAGUAAGGCCUGUGGGAACAUGUUUGGGCUGAUGCACGGCACCUGUCCGGAGACCUCAGGGGGGCUGUUGAUUUGCCUGCCCCGGGAACAGGCUGCCAGGUUCUGCGCGGAGAUCAAGUCUCCCAAGUAUGGUGAGGGCCACCAGGCCUGGAUCAUCGGCAUAGUGGAAAAGGGCAAUCGCACUGCCAGGAUCAUUGACAAGCCCCGCAUCAUCGAGGUGGCCCCGCAGGUCGCCAUGCAGAAUGUCAACCUGACACCAGGGUUGACGUCCUAAUACACACCAGGGAGAAGCUCUACAUGGUCUUUAGAUGAUAUUCUAGCGCCGUCCUAGAGGAUAUACGAGAUACAACUUUCACAUUCGUUCCGUACACUCGGACGUUGGCCUUCAGGUGGAUUGCAAGCGGGCAGCACCAAAAUGCAUCCAUUGCCUUUUGCGGCUGUUGUUCUCCGUUACAGGAGCUGAAGAAUCUCAUAACUGUAAGGCUCCUUCCGAGCUGAGAGUGUGUUACUCGACACUGUUGAUUCGAUCAGGAUCUUCCCGCUCCUCCCGUCUUGCCAUGUGGACCUUUUUGUCCAAGUGCUUUUUCACUAGGCACACUUUACCUACAAGUGUCACUGAGUUUCUUUCCUGUUUGUACAGCUGCAGUUCAGGACUCGAGUAAAAGCUGUAGCAGAUUCCUGGAAAGACAGAAGUCACGGAAAAUCACGGUAAAUAAGAGGCAUAAACGUAAAGGCGUGCAUGUUUUAUUUUUUGCAGAUUUUUAUUUUUGUACUUUGUGCAAUGCUUCCGAUGCUCAACACAUUCUUCACUUCGUCCUGAGGUACUAAGGCAACAUAGUGAGAUUCGAAGCAAGUACAGUGCGACAGGACAGGUCCUCUGCAGGCCGUCAGUCACUGUGUUUGCGCUGUGUGUAUUUCUUGCUGUGUGUCUCCCCGAGGUACACGUGACUGGCUGUGCUCUUGCAUUACAGAGAAUGUACUGACCAAAUAAGCAGUUGCCAUGUAGACUUUGCUAUCUGAGAUUUUAAGAAAAUUCUCUUGUCUGUAGCGUUAAAUAUUUUUAUUAUUUUGUGUACCACUAAAUACACCGCUGUAACUGUAGGCACAUUUACGUUUAUGGGGACAUUUCUUUGUUUUUAGCCUUUUUGUUCUGCAGAAAGAUGCACUUAUCCUAGCUGCUACUGCUGCAGCUUGUGGUAACACAUACCCGAUAAAUACCUAAUUUUUGUACGACUUUUUAAAGAGAUGUAACUGUGUUCUGUAUAGAGAAUUACAGUGCAGGUUGUUCACAUUAAAAAGAUGCCUUUUUAAUGUUUUGAUGUGACAUAUUUUGUAGUUCUAGGUUGGAAAGCGGUUUGCCAAGAAGAAGCAAUGUCUGCUUUCUGCUCUCUGUUUCUCUCACCCUGGUACUUGAUGCAAAUGGCUGGAGUGUGUGUGUGUAUGUAUGUGUGUGUGUCAGAGAGAAAAGCCCACUGAGUGUCGUAUGUGAUGUCCUCCGUCAGGGUGAAACUUUCAUAUGGAAGUACAAUCCAUAUUGUAAAGCAGCUGGUAAUUUUGCACAGUUUUGCUGGUUUAAUAAAUGAAGGCAGUGUGUUCAUUAGGAGUCAGACACGUUCAACCAUAAAGAGGUUGCGGGACGAUAAGAGAUGGGAAUGAACUGUUUAAGGCGUAUCUUUCCGAGUUCACGCUAUGAUAUGUGCCUCUCCAAUAAAGGCAGCUUUCUUUUAACUUA